AUGGCGUCAUGCGAUGAAGAUGGCAAGACUGGGACGACAAAAGCCAACGGACAAGAUUGGAUGGACGUCACUUCGUUGAUCGAGACCUGCGCUUCUUCUUUGGCCUUGGCUGAUCCUUUUCUGUGUACAAAGUCGUUUCAGCUACACGAUGCAAUGUCUGCUACGCAGCUGAUGGAUAAAAAGAUGGAUAGUUGUGAAAUUCCUGCUUCCCUCGUUAUCCUGGAUGGAAUGGAGAUUCCUCCCGACGACAAGGUCACUUUCCCACGUCCGAUCCCACUCGGCCUGAGGGAUUCGUUUACUCCGCUUCCUUGGGAUGAGCUGACUUUGAAAGAUGCCGCAGUCAUAUCAUUGCAUAUAAUGGUGAGGCUGCAAGCGUUGUUGAGCGGUUCUUCGGUGGAGGAAAGCACGUUCACUUGUCUGUACGCUCAUUGUGCAGUCCUGAUCGACAUGAAAGCAAGGCUACUACCAGAUUCUAUCGAAAAUCGUCUUGGGGAUCUAUUGAAGGAAAAAACUAAAACAGAGAAGGCCCAGUUUGUCGUUUUUGCGGCCACCCUGGCGCUUGUGCACUUUACGGAUUCUUUUCGGGAAAGCAUUCUGAACGCCGAUAUAUAUGAGGAAGAAGACUUUGUCUCGACUACAAGUAGCAUUACUGUGUUCACGGAAAAGGUACUUGACGCAGCCACAAGAAUUAUUUUGGAAAUGGAAGACGCAAAAGGCUCCGAAGAACAGCGUGUUGUUUUGAAUGUCUUGAAAUUUCAGCGUUGUAUGCUUUCGAUUUGCUCGAAAACGGAAAUGGAGCAGUUUGUAUGUCCUAUCUUGUUCAGCAGCACGUCGCUGAAUCGAUUGCAGAGGACCUUGGACCGUAUUUCCCUGCAGGAUGUGAAUAUUCUCAAUCGUUCGCUGAUUGUGCUUAAUCUAUACUUCAACGAAAGACUUCUUGGAAAGUUUUCGCUUGCUGAAUGGACGGUCGACAAUAUCCGACAAAGCACGCAUGUGUCCGAAUCAUUGGUAUCAAACGAACAUGUGAUUGCCUUUGUCAAUAGGCUUGCAAAGCCAGUAUACGAUACACUAAAGCUUCGACUUUUGAAUCGAAAUCGGCAACGAGCUUACAUCGAAGCGGUAAUGCUUCAAGACUGGGUUGUCUUGCAAAACGAAGCUCAGGUUUUGGACGCGCACUAUCGCCGAGAAAAUGGUGUAGAUCCUUCAACGCAACCGCGUUUGAGCCAGUACGUCUUGACCAUCUUGAUUCAGCUGAUGGAUCGCUUUAUAGCAUCCGGUGUCGACCAAGGUAUUUUCUAUGGACACCAAGAUCUCUCUUUUGCAUUCUGGUACCGAGAUUUUCUUUUGUCUGCGCUGACGAAAAACCUGUCUUCCAUGCAAAGUUCUCGGAGGGCUGCACAGGUUAUUUCUAAGCAAACGAAUGUAAAAGAACAGCAAGGAAACAAUAAGAAGAGGACAAAGAAAGCAUUGAAAAAUGAGUAUUUGGACUCGUCCCCAAAGGCUUGUCCAACACCCGAUGACCUCGAAAACGAAUUCGCACUAUCAAUCAUCUCUUGCAAACGAAUGCUCUGUCGAGGUAUUCAACGUUUUUUCGUGUCCCUUCGACAGGCUGGCUUCUUGUCGGAACCAGUGUAUGAGUUCACUUCAGCGAAAGCUGUGUUUGAGAAACGCUUUGAAAUGUUUGCAUCAAUUCGACAGCCUCCUCCCUUAUCCUACAACGACUACUUAGAGGGGUCUAAUUAUACACACGUUCCGCAAGAAGAGCUCCUGCAGUCUACCGCUGAAUGGUUCCAAUCAUGCAAUACCGCAAUCGAGUCUUUGCUGGAAGAGGAACGGGGACUUAAUAAGAUGUACACACCCAUGCGGGCGGACGAAAUUCAGUCUUUGCGGAAAGUGUGCCUCGGCAAUUCCAUUUAUGUUAUGAAGCUGAGACAGCUUAUUGCAAAUCCACCCAGUCAUCCACCAAAGGUCAUAUUUGAUUUUGAUACGCAUUCGGAGUUUUGUACUAUCAAGUUAAUUUGA